AAUUUAUUAAAUUUAAUUUUAAAUGUAUUUAAAUUUUUUUUCCCUGAAUGCCUUGUAUACAUAUUUAUGACUGAAAGUUACCCCUGAAAAAGGGAAAAAGCAAAGUGAACGAGCCUUUUUCCUUCUUUUCAUGUCUGCUAUACCUUGAGAAGGUAACAAGGGCAUCCAUUCCUUCACAAAGAUAUCUGGGAAGGUUCUUGCAGUGUCUAGAUACAGCUACUUAAUUUUUAUAUUUAUUUAUUUUUUAUAUAUAGAUUCACUCUAGAUUUUAUUGAGUUUUUUUAUUUAUUAUUUUAUAUUUUUCUCUUCUCUGUCUGGUCACUAUAAAUUAAUCCAUGCAUAUACUUCAAUGGCAAGCAGCUAGGCAAGAUACCAAGACUAGAGUAUCCAAUUGUACCUCUUCUUUUAUAACUCAACUACUUUUUACACUUAUUUCUUGCAUUUCUUUGAUCUUCUCUUGCUGAAAGAUAAAGAAGUGCUGAUGAUCUACCCCUAUGCCUCUUUAAACGUAAAGGUUUAGUUCAUAUAUUGUGAAUCAGUACUUCUUCCAAGAACUUAAUUGGCUGAUAUAUCGAAACUCCAUAUCCAUAAACAUCCUGGAGUACUGUAAGCAGAAAGAAACAGAAAAAUGGGAGUUGCAGGCGCUUUGGAGUACUUGUCUGACAUGCUAAGCAGUGUGAAAAAGCGCAAGAAAAAGAAGCAGAUACAAACUGUAGCACUCAAAGUGAGGAUGGACUGUGAGGGCUGUGAACGUAAGGUCAAGAGCGUCCUCUCCGGAGUUAAAGGAGUUAAAUCUGUGGAUGUAGACUUGAAGCAGCAGAAGGUGACCGUGACUGGAUAUGUAGAGCCAAAGAAAGUGUUGAAGGCAGCUCAAUCUACCAAAAAGAAGGUAGAGCCGUGGCCUUAUGUCCCCUACAGUUUAGUGGCAAAUCCAUACGUUUCUCAGGCCUAUGACAAGAAGGCUCCUCCUAAUCAUGUCAGAGCCGUUCCGGUCACCGCAACCAUCACUGAGACCACCGUGGACGAUCACUACACUAAUAUGUUCAGUGAUGAGAACCCAAAUGCUUGCUCCAUCAUGUAGAUUAUCAACAAUAAUUAAUAACUAAUUAAGCGAGAUAUAUUUUAUACAAAGUAAUUAAUUAUAAAGGUAAUCCAGGUGUGACAAUGCUCCAUUUUCUUUGGCAAGAAGAAAAGGCUGUUAGAUUGUUUUGUGGUGGACGUGGAGGUUUAUAUGUGGGCAGUGUUGUUGUUGAUGAUGAAAUAGUGUGGGCUGUUACGCGACAGCAACGUUUGUCUUAAAUAAUGGUGCAUUUUUUUAACAGAAAAUAAUGUUGCAUUAA